AUGCCAUUGCCAUUCGAUUACAUUGGAACUUCGACUGGAAGAAAACGCUCAGCUUCCCUCGAACCCUGCCCUGACACACCAAUAUUCUUUGGUCCCACGGGACAUAAUGUCAUCUUCAAAGAAACCGAGGACUAUCUGUCACAGCUCAACGCAUCCGAUAUCAAACAUGAAAAUGCAGACAUCUCAGACGCUCAACCGACCAAUAGGAUUCUUUUCAAGGAGCUCCCACCACACAUACGCGAGAUCAGUUUGGCAAUCCUCAGCUGUGUCUUUGGUCCUUCUUACGGCACCUUGAUAGCAAACGGCAUCCAGAAGGAGAAUAGACUUUGGUCUAAUCUCACUGUACCUGCGAUCCUAAAUUCACUGGAGUCAACCUUUGGAUCCAAUAUUGACCCGGGAAAGCUUGACCUCGAGCGCAUUGCUGAACAAAUAUGCAACAACACAACACGACCUUUCCGAGAUAUCGAAACCAGUUCUCAAGAAUGGAUAGACCAACUCUGUGGCCCAAACUUGCGAUGGGAAUCAAUCGCCCUACUAUGGAGUGUGUUGAGGCGAAUACCGGGAUCGUUCAAUCCGAUAGAGCAGAAACAGCUCCAUGUCUUGGAAAGUGGUACAGCAGACGAACCGAUAUUGUCAUUCCUCAGACACAGCACCAAGCUAGCACGCCAUUUCACUCUGGCCAACGUGAUACUAUUGGAUCUUUUAUUCCAGAAGACGAUUAUGGAGUCAAUGAUAGUCGGGGAUGCAAGUCUCGUGUGCUGGGUUUCACAUUCAGAAACCGUAGCAAUGAUGACCUAUCUCGGUUUGCAUGUUCAAGGAAACAACGGUACCUACAAGCCGACCCUGGAUUCCGAGUACAAACGACGCCUCUUUACACGGAUAUACAACAUAGACAAGUCCGUUGCCACUUUCACUGGCAGACCUCCUCUUUUAAGCCCACGCUUUGUCAGCGCGCUUCCCCCGCUGGACCUGAGCGACGACGAUCUUGCAGUAGGUGGCAGCGCAUUGGAGCGUGCAGUGGCCAAGCUUGAUCCUCUUGGGUGGAAUAUAGAAGGAGGCAUAUAUCCUUCCAGCCUUUGUAGAGCAUGUUACCUAACCUCAAUGAUCCUUAACGAGAUUAUCGAAAUCACGUUCGGUUCAGAAUCCAAUGCGACUGUGGAAACGCUAAGAAACCUUAAACAGCGCGAGAUGGACUACAUCGCUCAAGUACCCGAAGCCAUGAUUUACACGCCGGAAGAUCUGUCUGAUCUUCCUCUUUCACUUCCUCAAGACAUGAAGCUGGCUUACGGCAGAGACCUUUCCGAUCCUCCCGUUGCCACGAAUCUUGUGUCAAUAAGGAUAUUCUUUUGGUUGACCCACCUUCAAAACAUGUUCCUCCUCGAGAGAUUGUUGGUACAAUAUGGAAGUAUAGACGAGAGUGAUGUACUCGUGGUGUCUUUCGAAAUGAUAUCUCUAACACUUCUUUUCUGGACUCGCAAAGAUCGAUUCCGCGACAUGCGACGCGACUUGGAGUGGCUAUUGAUGGCAUUCGCGGUACCAGGUGGUGGGAUUCUGUGUCAAGAGCUGCUCCGACCAACCUUUCAAGGAAAACACCCAAAAGACAAUCGAUUAACUCGGUCGAGUAUUGUUCAGCAGCUUAGCCUAUUGGUUGGUUUUCUAGACUGGGUUCAUCCUUCUGCGCCAAAUGGUGAUCUCUGCGCUAGUUGCAAGACUGUGAUCCAGCGUGUGUUAGAUUAUCAUCUGAAUGAUCCUAUGAAUGAUGUUGGAUCUUUGGAGCACUUUAGCUCUGGUUUGGCAAAGCCUUUGAACUUCAAGUUCGAGCUGCUGAAUACGUUUGACUGGCUUCAUUCGCGAUAG